CAAUAUCUCAGCCAGCAGUUACAUAAUAAAGUCGAAGCGUCGCUACAAUUCGAAUUGUAGUGUCACAGAUAGUCUUGUUGCAAAGCUUCUACUACCACUAGUAUAGUAGGGUGAAGUAGUGUUGUUCAUGUUGAAAAGCUCCUACCAGUUCGUACGUGUCGUAUUGUGCCCUUGACGGUGUCCUGUCAAGCCGAGAACUUUUCCAGCAGUUGAAAUACAGUUGUGCUGCUUGUUUGUGAGAAAUAUUUCAAGAUGCAGAGCAGCGCGGAGCAGGCCCAGCAGUCGCCAGCUAUGUGCGUAGCCGAAUGCGGGUUCUACGGCAGCCCAGCGUUCGAAGGUCACUGCUCAAAGUGCUUCAAAGCGAAGAAUUCAACAAAUAGAGGCGGCCAGGAUGCGUCCAGUGCCGGCCUCGGUCCCACUGACAAUCCGCGAGGUUCAAGUAUGACGGGAAGUAACGAGCGCCCAACCGACGUUGCACCAUCACCAACACGGCAUAAUGCAAACACGGUUGCCAAUGCAUCAUCAUCUAGGUCAGCGGCAGUGGCGUCGGCGGUGGCGGUGGCGGGAUCGGCAACCACUGCAGCAUCCAGUCAGGAGCCUACCGGGGUCAGCGCCACCACGACAACGCAACCCUGUUCACAUAAUAUGAACAGUGUUGUAGACGAUAAUACCAAUACAGGCUCACCAGCGGCAGGGCUAGCUGAGUCCAGUACUGGCCAAGCACCUUUCCAUGCAGAAGCACUGGCAUCUGUGUGCGCAGCAGCAGCGGGCGGUGACACGGCGAAAAGCUCUCCGCGAGCCGGCACUGCUAGCCACCACACAAGGCCGGUUAAGAAACGCCGCUGUCAUUUCCCUUCAUGCCGGACCAAACUUAGUCUUACAGACAUUGAAUGCCGUUGUGGCAUGCGCUUUUGCAGCUUGCAUCGCUAUCCAGAGAAACACAGCUGCACGUUUGACUACAAGUCUCUAGGCCGACAAGAGCUGGAUAAGGCCAAAGUAGUGUGUGCUGGUGACCAUGGCGUGAAAGAAUUAUGACUAGCUUGCCGAGCAUGCAGGCCGCCACCACCGCAACAGACUGCUGUGUGCAGGAUGCAAGACCAGAAUACCGGGGUGGUUCUCUUGUGGCAUGCUGUUGUGUGACGUUCUUCCGCCUCGCAAGGAUUACGGUUGCUUAUACUUUAUUUCUCCUAUAAUACAAGCAAAAACAAGGUGGUUGUGUCUCUCCGUUCAGCAAGACUGUGUUGCUUACGUGUCAUUACCAAGUUUAGUGACAUGGACAUGUGGGCAACGAAUGUUGAAGUUGAUGUUGAUCACAACUCGGCUACCUAACUGGCUGCAAGUUAAGUUUCUUCUUUCGAUGGUCUCACUGUGGUGUCUUGUACAUGUGCGCUGGGCUUUGAUUCCAAUGCCGGGGUGUAGAUCAAUGUCGGCGCUGAAACUGCUGUUUUCAACUAUCCCGAAGCUGUUGAUUUUCUAUAAGUCAGACUGGGACCAUUCACAAUGAUCACAAUUGUGUUGUUUUGCUAACGGUUGGUGUCUUCGGCAUAAGGGAAAGGCCUAGCGUACUAAAAAUGGCAAAUCAGAAUAAGGUAACGGCUGCUAGCUGUACCGACUGCAGUGUCGACUGAGUAGUUCACUAUUGCUGUCUGUUUCCCACCCUUUGUUUGCCUCGGCAUGCUGCGCUAUUCCGCGUUAUGUCUCGCUUUUUUUCUUCUUCGCGGCAUCAGUUCAUGUUCCGGUCGGGUGCCGCCAUGUAGUGCUGAUCAGAAUUCACAAUGACUCGAUGAGUCGAUCAUGAUGACUCUCCCGGUUCGUUCUAAGCUGUAAGAAAUGCUGCAACAUUCCUUGUCGACAAGUGCA